CGUCCAUCCCUCCCUCCCUCCCCUCUCCCCCGGCCCCUCCGGUUGACUUGCGGGCUCGCGGACGUCUUGGAACAGAAGGUGAGAGGAUGCAGAGGGGACGCAGCCGCCGCGUGUAGAGGCACGAGCAAGAUCCCGGGCAGAAGCAGAAGCAGAGCACCCCACCCCACCCUCUCUCUCCCCCUCCGCGCUCCCUCCUCCACCUCCCCCUUUCCGGUAGUAGUGCAAAGUUAUGGCCGGAGGAGAAGAAGAGCCCCCAAAGGCGCGCCUUGCAGGUGGCCUGCAGAUGACGAUGACACGCGCUGUUUAAGCGUCACUCUGCGUCCGCUGUGAAGGAGAAGAGGAGCGCUGCGAGAAGGGGGGCACCGCACCGACGCCACCGCCACCGCCAUGCGACCCGGCUGCGCUCCGGAGAUAACAACUGGCAGCUAAUACACGAGGUGUGAAGUUUGACGCGCUCCCGCUGAAAAUGUCGCGCAGAGACGAUGACUUGUGACCUUCGUUCCAAAGCAAACCAGCAAAACAGGGCAGCCAUGAAGCUCUUCAGGAAGGACGAUCCCUCCACCAAGAAGGACAAGGACAAAAGGAUCCAGUACGAGGAGCCGCCAGAUGGCGGAUGGGGCUGGCUGGUGGUGCUGCAUUGUUUCCUGGUUAACGUCCUGGUGAUGGGAACAUUGAAGACCUUUGGGAUCUUCUUCUUAGCCUUCCAAGACGAAUUCGGGGGCUCGGCAGAAAGCAUCAGCUGGAUCGGUUCCAUCAUGUCCAGUUUACGUCUCUCCGGAGCGCCCAUCGCUUCGGUGGCCUGCGCCAAGGUAGGAACCAGGGUGACGUCCAUUACGGGGGCCGUGCUGGUCAGCGGGGGCUUCCUCAUCAGUAUUUUCGCCAACAGCGUGCUGUUCCUCUACAUCACCAUGGGAGUCAUCGUAGGAAUGGGUUUCGCACUUCUGUACCAAUCCUUCUCCGUGGUCACGGCGCUUUACUUCCGCAAGAGGUUGGCAACGGCGUACGCCAUCGGACGCUCGGGGAUGGGUUUGACCUUUGCCCUGGCUCCGUUCACUCAGCUGCUUCUGGACCGCUACGCUUGGCAAGGCGCGUUGCUGAUCCUGGGCGGCCUGAUGCUCAACCUGGUGGCCACCAGUAUGCUGCUGCGUCCCAUCCGAGUGAAAGCCGCCGCCUCGUCCAAAUGCGCUCCCCCCAGCCAGAAGAGCCCGGCCGUGUCCCUCAAGAGUUCCUCGGAGAAGGACAACGCCAAAAGCUACCUGAACGGCUCCUCGCAUUUAUCCAACGGCAUCUCCAAAUCGGACUCGCUCGCGUCGCCUCCCGAGGAGCCGGUCGGCGCUCGGCAAACCAAGGAGCCGUCGGUGAACCCCGAAGCCAGCAGAUCGGUUCUCAACGGCCACGAGAGCCGCCGAAACGCGGGUCCGUGCAAGCCCGCCGCCGACGGUUCCCCGGAGCUCAACGGCACCUCGAACGGGUCCGCCCCGGUCGCAGCCCUCUCCGUUCACGGCGAGGAGACUCCCCCGAAAGCCAAAGUACUCGAUUUUUCCUUACUCAAGGACCCGUUCUUUUGCAUCUACACGUGGUCUUUGGUCUUCAGCCAGCUGGCCUACUUCAUCCCUUACUUCCACCUGUCUGCCCGAGCCAGAACGCUGGGCAUCGACGCCAUGGACGCGUCCUUUAUCAUCUCUGUGGCGGGCAUCACAGAGACCAUCGCCCAGCUGGCCUCGGGCUGGGUGACCGACCGCAACCUGUUCCACAAGUAUCACUACCACAAGGCUUACUUGAUCCUCUGCGGCCUGGUUAACCUGCUCUCCCCGCUGGCCACCUCCUACAUCCUGCUCAUGGUCUACGCCGUCUUCUUUGCCAUCUUCUGCGGCGGCUACAUGGCUCUACUGCUACCCGUUCUGGUGGAUCUGGUGGGGGCAGAGAAACUGAACAACUCCAUGGGCUUCUCCAUGUUCUUUGUGGGCCUGGGCUGCCUCACGGGUCCUCCUCUGGCAGGCUUCCUGUACGACUACACGCAGACCUACGACUGCUCCUUCUACCUGGCGGGGCUCUGCUACCUGCUCUCCUCCCUGUCGCUCUUCAUGGAGCCGCUGGCCCAACGCUGGAGAGCCCGGCAGAACAAAGCGUCCCGGGCCACGACGACGCAGAGCGGCUGCAGGACCAACGGCUGCUUCGCUCCAGACCGCAACGGCGACGUCUAAGAGCCAAGCGGCAAGUCGGGGACCCCGGGUAGCCCUUCUCGCCUUGGGGCAUCACCCAAGGCUUCACGGGACUGGUAGACAAAACGUCCAAAAGCCAAAAUUAUAGCGUAUAGAAAUACAGUAUAUGAUAUAAUCCAUUGUUUGCAUCAGAGGCACAUUUUGGAUGGUGGCAACUUUGCGUAACGCCGACUCUUGCCUUGUUGAAAAUAAGCUAUGCAAAAGUUUGCUUUUCACCAGAAGCACACGCCGU